UUGAAACUGACUUCAAUUGAAUUGAUUCGAGUGAUCUUUGUGAAAAUCAUCGUGCAUUUUCAUUAAUUCGUAACUGUUUGCAAGUAACAAUUGUUCCGUGAUUGUAAUGUGAUUGUGAAGUAGUUCGUGCGAACAAGAAUAACCAGCGAUGAAAGAACGAAUGGAUGACACGAAAAUCUUGGAAAAUUGUCUCGUAUUCGAGCAAUUUUCUCGAACCACGUUUCUGUACCGUUACUAUCUGUAUGAUUUGUCGAUAAUGGUCGUUGGAUUACCGUCGAUCGACACACUUUUGAUCGUGCGGCCAUGAUUAGAUAGGAUGGGAAACAGAAUGCUCGAGAGCAAUUUCGAGUCAAAGACCUCGUGAAACAACGUGUUCUUCUAUUUUAUGCCAUAUCAAGUCAUCUUGGAUUAAAUAAUGUUCGUUCCAGUCUUCCCUCAUCUGCACGAUUUUUCUUAAGAAUCAGAUGGGCUCGUCCGCGAUAGGAACGACAGUGAUCACCGGUCUCACAUUGUUGGCUCUCGUCACCGCCUCUCGUGCUGCCCUGGCCAGGACAGCGUUCGAGAAGCUGACGGACUACGAUUACCGCGGAACGACGUACUACAGCGUGAGGAACCUGUCCCUGUACGAGUGUCAGGGCUGGUGCCGCGAGGAGGCCGAGUGUCAGGCGGCUGCGUUCUCGUUCGUCGUAAAUCCUUUGGCGCCGAUGCAGGACACCCUGUGCCAGCUGCAGAACGAGACAGCGGCGACGAAUCCCGCGGCACAGCCGCAAAGGGCCGCCAACAUGUACUACAUGACGAAGCUUCAGAUCAGAUCAGAAAACGUCUGCCUUCGGCCGUGGUCCUUCGAACGAGUGCCGAACAAAAUGAUCCGUGGACUGGACAACGCCUUGAUCUACACCUCGACGAAGGAGGCUUGCCUCGCGGCCUGUUUGAACGAACACCGUUUCACCUGUCGCUCCGUCGAAUAUAAUUACGUGACUUUGCAGUGUCACCUGAGCGAUUCCGAUCGAAGAACGACCGGCCAAUACGUGCAAUUCGUGGACGCCCAGGGCGUCGAUUAUUUCGAAAAUCUCUGUUUGAAAGGAAAAGAGGCAUGCAAAUCCCAGAGGAUCUUCCAGAUGCCAAGGAUCGGGGUGGCCGACGAUAAAGUUGCUCAAUACGCGGGAUUACAUUAUUACACGGACAAAGAAUUGCAAGUUCAAAGCGAAUCCGCGUGUAGACUCGCUUGCGACAUCGAGAACGAGUUCCUCUGCAGAUCUUUCCUGUAUCGUGGCGCUCCUCAAGGAUCGGCUUAUAAUUGCCAGCUGUUCCAUCUUGAUCAUUGGACUCUUCCCGAUGGCCCUUCAACAUAUCUCAAUGCAGAACGACCAUUGAUUGAUAAUGGAGAGAGAGUUGGAACAUAUUUCGAGAACUAUUGUGAAAAAGGUACAGGCCCAGUUGCGGAUCCACCAGUUGUUUUCGAAACCACGGAAGACCCUACCAUAAAUAAUCUCACGAGAAACGACAUAAAUUGCGAUAAAACUGGUACCUGCUACGACGUAUCGGUCGAUUGUAAAGACACCCGAAUAGCCGUUCAAGUUCGCACGAAUAAACCUUUUAAUGGUCGCAUUUACGCCCUUGGCCGCUCCGAGACUUGCAACAUCGACGUGAUCAACAGCGAUCUCUUCAGGCUCGACUUGACCAUGAGCGGGCAGGAUUGUAACACUCAAAGUGUGCGUGACGGUUUUCAGACUGGCAUCUACUCGAACACGGUCGUUCUCCAGCAUCAUUCCGUGGUGAUGACCAAGGCCGACAAAAUUUACAAGGUGAAGUGCACGUACGACAUGUCCUCGAAGAACAUCACUUUUGGUAUGAUGCCUAUCAGGGAUCCGGAAAUGAUCAGCAUCACCAGCGCGCCGGAAGCCCCUCCACCAAGGAUACGCAUUCUCGACAGCAGAUCCAGAGAAGUUGAGACUGUCCGUAUCGGAGACAAGCUGACGUUCAGAAUCGAAAUCCCGGAAGACACUCCCUAUGGAAUCUUUGCUCGAAGUUGCGUCGCCAUGGCAAAGGACUCGAAGAGCACCUUCCAGAUCAUUGAUGAUGAAGGAUGUCCAGUGGAUCCCUCCAUCUUCCCAAGCUUCACGCCUGAUGGAAACGCGCUUCAAUCCGUCUACGAAGCAUUUAGAUUCACCGAGUCUUACGGUGUUAUUUUCCAAUGUAACGUCAAGUAUUGUCUAGGACCGUGCGAACCGGCUGUCUGCGAAUGGGGACGAGAAUCGGUAGAGUCGUGGGGCAAGAGGCGUCGAAGAAGUCUGGCGAACGCGACGGAGGAAAAGGCAGAGGAUAUGACGUUGUCUCAGGAAAUCCUUGUUCUCGAUUUUGGUGACGAGAAACAGUCCGACUUUUUGAAGAGUGACGCCAGCAUAGACUUCAACGAAGCCGACAAAACGGUGACCAUUGUGGAGCCCUGUCCAACAAAGACCUCGGUGUUAAUUCUGGGCGUGACGUGUGCCCUGCUUGUCCUUAUCUACAUUUCCACGAUCUUCUGUUACUACAUGAAGAAAUGGUUGUCACCCCGCAAAAUGAUGCCCUGAAGAUCACCUGUCGUGGCCCAAGGCUCACCGAGUAUCUCUCGGCUGGUGACAAGAGAAGCGAACCAGGAAAAUUACGGAUAAAGUGCAAACUCACCACGCGUCGUACGUGUUACAAGACUUGCACGCGAUGAACCCGAGAGACACGUGUUCGUGUAGACGCGUGGAAAAAUUACGACUUCGCACCGUCAUUCUCGAUAUUACUCACGUUUCGCGCGAAACACUGGUUCCAGGAAGCGGAGCCGUGCAAAAAGCGUCCAUUUUUCCGCGCAGACUACACCGUGCGUAUUUUCUCAGAUAUUGCGGUUUCGGAUUUAUCGCGAUGCUUAUGUUCUUAAUUAUUCUUAUAAAUUAUUCACGCGUUCAUAUCAUUUCCAGCAUUCGUUCUCUGAUUGAUAGAAUCCCGGCCAAUAUAUUUCGAUUCUUGAGUCGAUAAUACGUUCAUUUUUAUCAUAAGACGACCAUCGAAGCAACAAAUCUGAUUCAUUGAUCAAAAAAAAAAAAAACUAACAGAAACUUCUUGUUAUGUUUUCUAUUCUGAUAAUCUAUACGCAGCUAUCUUCUAUUGGAAUCGAUUGGAAUGAGAUAGUUGACGCAACGUUGUUUUUUUUUUNUUUUUUUUUUUUUUUUGGAUAUAACA